UUACACGACACUAGUGAUAACAUCCUUACAUACCAAGUUACAUACUCUUUGUUACACCUCUUUGUACUUGAUUAAUGAUUAAUGACUUGAGUUACCUGACGCGAGCAACAUUUUUGAUUUUAAAUUUUUAACUUAGUUUAAUUUUAUUUACGGUCUUAAUAGUUGUGUUUGCCGUUUUGUAGGAAAAAAUCAAAAUGUCUAGUAAUUCUUUAAAAAAACACAAACACACAGAACUAUCUUUCGUGGGAAAGUCAUACCUAAUCGUUUAUAACGGUAUUCAAACAUUGGGAUGGUCAUAUUUACUAUUGCAGUCCUUGACGUACUUUUUAAAUCGCGGUACACUAGAUAAUUUCUGGCAAGAAAUCAAAUGGACGGUGCUAAUAUUCCAAAACGCAGCAUUGUUAGAGGUCCUGCACGCAGCAAUCCGGUUAGUUCCAUCCAGUGUCUUCGUAGUCCUGAUGCAAGUUUACUCCAGAGUGUUCCUCGUGGCAGGCAUCUUGCUGGCCACUGAAGCUGCCACUGUCAGUCCAGGCCUUCCACUUUGCGUCCUCGCUUGGUCUAUAACAGAAAUAAUCAGAUACGCUUAUUACGCGCUUAAUUUGGUUGAUGCUGUACCACAGAUGCUUACCUUCUUCAGAUAUUCAACUUUCCUCGUUCUAUAUCCACUGGGUAUAACUGGCGAACUACUCUGCAUGUACCAUUCUCUGGAAGAGAUCGCCGAGAAGCGACUGUUCACCGUGUCCAUGCCAAAUAAGUGGAAUUUCAUCUUUAAUUACUACUAUUUCCUAAUCUUUUACAUGUUACUCUAUAUACCAUUCUUCCCUUACCUCUUUGGGCACAUGUUAAAACAAAGAAGGAAAAUGCUUAGUGAUCCUUCGAAAAAAUCAGCAUACUAUAUAUAUAAUUUACUUGGCUCCGACACGUUUGUAUUAAAAACGCAUUUGUUUAUGAUAUUAGUGACGGCCCAAAGGAGCUUAAAAAUGGAUAGAAAAAGUUUUAAUCUCGUUCUAUGUGUGUUUUCUAUGUUAGCAAUGGCAGACGCUAACCCUAUGCAAAGCAAAACUGAUGUCAAAUGGGGCCACGGGUUAUCAGCUACCGUCAACGAUUAUGUGGAUAAAACCAUAACAAUGAUAGUACCAUUUUUACAAGAAAACGGUCUCGAUCCCAUGGAUCUACCCGACAUCGUCGAGGGUUUUGAAGUUAAGCCUAUAAUUAUAACGUACAGCGCCUGGCUGCGGCUGUAUGACGGCCAGAUGAGGGGCCUGGUAAACGUGGCCCGACACAGCGACCAGGACGUAAAAUACUUCGCUAAAAUGUUGCGCGUACGCUUACAGCUACAAUUUACUGACUUGGAAUUCGACUACAAAUAUCUGGUAAAGGUAAUGAACAUAGGACCUACCGGCGGCAUCAUCGGUUCGCUGGACCGAUUCGUCGUGACCGCGGAUGUCUUGAUUGAUUUCAACAACGAUGAUAUUCAUUUACAACAGUUUUCAAUCACUAAUAUUGGACGUCUUCGGGUACGUUUCACAGGCAAUAUUCUGACCGACUGGCUGGUCAACCCGAUCAUUGGAGUGUUCACUAGAGUCUUCAACAGCAUUAUAAUGAAAUUCGUCGAAGUUAACAUACGAAGUGCAGCACAAAUGGCAAUCGUCUCGAUCAACUCAAAUAUACGUGAUAUCAUAAAUGUUAUUGAAUCGCACAACUGAAAAUUGCGUGAUUAAUAU